CUCCUUCUCUCGCCAAUUUUGCCGGAAACGCGACCGCCCACACGCGCACGCGCACAGGAGAGGAGAGCCCCACCUCCCCGACAAAAACCCUAACCCCUCCUCCUCCUCCUCCGCCGCCGCCGCCGCCGCACGUCGUAGUACCCGCCACCAUGGCCUCGCCUCCGCCCUCCGCCGCCGCCGCCGCGGCGGCGCCCGGAUCGCCGCCGUCGGCGCAAGUGGUGGGGAACGCGUUCGUGCACCAGUACUACAACAUCCUCCACCAGUCGCCGGAUCUCGUGCACCGCUUCUACCAGGACGGGAGCCGCAUCGGCCGCCCCGCUGGCGCCGGCGCCGAGAUGGACACCGUCACCACCAUGGAGGCGAUUAACGCGAAGAUCGUGUCCAUGGACAUCGUGCGGGCGGAGAUCAAGGCGGUCGAUGCGCAGGAGUCGCUGGGAGGGGGCGUCACAGUGCUCGUCACUGGCCACCUCACCGGGAGCGACGACGUGCGCAGGGAGUUCUCGCAGUCAUUCUUCCUCGCGCCGCAGGAGAAGGGCUACUUCGUGCUCAACGACAUUCUGCGCUACGUCGGGGAGGGGGAUCAGGACCCGGAGCAGGAGCCAGAGCUGGACCAGCCGUUGCCACCGCCACAGCAGAAUCUGGCUCAGGAGGCGGAUUCGGUGUCUGCUCCUGCAGCAAAUGGCACUAGUGUACCUCGGGAACAGGAGGCUUUUUCGCAGCCGGAGCAGCAUGUGGCUGAGCCUGCAACUGCAACUCACCCUCAGGAGGCUGAUCCGAACGGUGAGGAGGCUUAUAACCCGCCUAACAACCCAGAGGAGCCUGCUGUGGAGGAAACGUCGAUUCCUGAAGUUAUAGAUGAAGUGCCAAAUAACGUAGCAGUGGCUACUCCGAGCCCACCUGCCCCUGUACCGCAGGAGGAGGCCCCCAAGAAGUCGUAUGCUUCAAUUGUCAAAGUCAUGAAAGAAGCUCCACCACAAAUUUCUGCAAUUCCUUCCAGGCCGGUGCCACCGAAACAAGAGAGGCAAGUUGCUCCAGUUCCUGUUGCUCCAGUUGCUGAUGCUCCAACUUUCAGUCCUAACCCUGAAAGCAGCAACAUUCAAGAAGCAGAAGUUGACGCACACGCGAUAUAUGUACGAAGUCUGCCUUUAAAUGCCACACCUGAACAAUUAGAAGAAGCGUUCAAGAAAUUUGGCGCUAUUAAGCCGGAUGGAAUCCAAGUUAGAAGUCACAAGAUUCAAGGGUUCUGCUACGGCUUUGUGGAGUUUGAAGAUCCCAGUGCAGUCCAAAGCGCAAUAGCGGGUUCUCCUGUGAUGAUAAGUGAUCGUCAAUGUUUUGUGGAGGAAAAGAGAACUAAUGGUUCACGUGGUGGUGGUGGCAGAGGAAGGUUUGCUCCUGGUAGAGGUGGUAACUUCCGGGGUGAAGGCAUGAGAGGCCGCGGCAAUUACACUGGAGGGAGGGGCUACGGAAGGGGUGAGUUCAAUUAUCGAUCCGACUACGGAGGCAGAGGUGCUGGUAGAGGUGGUUCAUCACGUGGUGGUGGCGAUGUUGGCUACCAGCGUGUCGACCACUCUGGUGCAGCAGGUGGUCGUGCUGGCCGGGUGCCAUCGGGCACUAGUGCAGCCGCGAAGUGAGCGGAGUUAGUGGCUAUAUGCGUCGGUAGAAGUUUGAUAUUUUUCGUGGGUUGGAAUUGUCACAGAUUCGGCAAGGGAGUAUGUGUUGAGUUGGGGUUCAUGUGAGAGAGAUUAUGAGCACAAAUCGGGUCAUAAAUUGAAGCAAAGCUUCUCUUGUUUUGUGGCAAGGGAAAGCAGUGGUCAUAUUGGUUUACUAAUUGUAGCAUAUACGUCUAUUCAGAAUUUUCAGAUGUAGUCCUGGUAAGCUUAACCCUUUUUUGGAGCAUCUGAUGUUUGUUUUUCC